CUCUCUAUGCAACUCUGCUGCUUGUUGUUCUCCCUGAGUUUUGAUGAAUUUUCUACGUAGGCGUUUUCUGGCAUAUAUGUGAAUAAUUUAAAACUAAAAGUUAGAUUUUUGCAAUGAGCUUGGAAACAAAAAGUGGAAGCAGUAAUUUGGUUACGGCUGUGAUAUCUUGUAUAUUCAGUUUGGUGAUUUUUGCGACUAUUCGCUUCUAUGCCGGCUGGAUCACAGCUUCACAAAUGAAUACCAUAGUGGGUGGCUUCAUUGGCUCAUGGUUAUUUCUUUUUACAUUAACGGCUGUGUCGAAUGUGGAAAUGCUUGUAUUUGGUAACGAUUUUCAAGCGAAAUUUAUACCUGAAAUAGUAACUUGUUUAACGUUGGCGAUAGUAGCAUCCGGAGUUGUACACCGAGUUUGUGCCACUACCUGUUUCCUAUUUUGUAUUGCUGCAUUGUACUUUGUUAAUCGAAUUUCCAAUAAGUACCACAAUAAAGGAUCCAGUGCAGUGGAGCAAGCGUCCAUACGUCGCGGUGGUGCCAAGAAAAAUAAGUGAGGUGUAUUGAAGCCCAAUGGAAAUAUAAUCUGAAAUAUCAUAUAUAUGUAACGAUAUAAGAAUGCCAAUAUUUAUAAAUACAGGCAUGCAUAUAUAGAAUAUUACAAUCUUUUGCUAUUCUUUGUACAAAAAAAAAAAAGAUUUCAGUAUCAGCUUAAGCAAUUUUAAUUAUUAAUAAACUCGCCGUGGUUGCGAUAAUUCGAAA